AAUCCGCGUCCCGCGUUCGCUUUUGAAAACCAACUGCUUCUUCACCAUAAGUCGUUGGAUGCCUUGUUUUCAGCUACGCCAACUUUCCCCAUUGCAGGAGAUCCAAGCCACUCGCUCACUGGGUACGUCCCACCCCCUGGGAAGAAGCCAUGAGAUCCAAGCCAUUCCCAUGUCGUAUCGUCUUCAAGAGCCUCUCUCCUCGUUUUUCCUACAAUGUAGAAUUUCUCCUUUUUUCUUUUUCCUCCCUCUGAUUAAUCGAGAGCUCUGAUGGCAACACCUUCAAACAUCUGCUUUCUUUUUCUUCUGCUGCUGCUACUCCGCAUCGCAUUUGCUUGCAGAGCUUUGGAAGAAGAACUCAUCGUUUCUCGAAUCGCCUUCGGGUCCUGCGCUAAUCAAAGCGCUCCUCAGCCCAUUUGGAAUGCAAUAGUCAACUAUGAUCCCCAGCUUUUUAUUUGGUUGGGAGACAACAUCUAUGGAGACAUCCGACGUCCUUUUAAAUUCUUUGGAAAGGAAAGGACCAUCGGGCCAUGGAAAAAUGUUCCAAGAUUUGUUCCUACCUCGGAGCAGGAUAUGCAGUUAAGAUAUAAGGAGGCUAAGAGUAAUCCAGGAUAUUCUCGUCUUCGAAGGCAAGCUCAGGUUAUUGGCACAUGGGAUGAUCAUGAUUAUGGAUUAAAUGAUGCAGGGAAAGAAUUUAGUGGGAAAAAUGUAAGCCAAAGGCUGAUGUUAGAUUUCUUAGACGAACCCCAAGAUAGCCCACGGCGCAAACAAGCUGGUGUGUAUGCUUCCUAUAUGUUUGGUCCUGAGCGAAAACGAGUCAAGGUAAUCCUCUUAGAUACCCGAUACCAUAGGGACCCACUAUUCACUGAUGGAACUAUUCUGGGGGAUUCUCAGUGGACAUGGUUAGAGAAAGAGCUCCAUGGUCCUAAGUCACAGAUUACCAUCAUAGCAUCUUCUAUUCAGCUUCUUGUGACUCAGGUUAUAUCAAAUCAUUCUGCAACUACUGGGCCACUAUUUUAUAUCGAAUCUUGGGGACGUUUUCCGAAGGAAAGGGACCGACUGUAUAAAUUAAUUGAUAACAGUAAGAGAGAUGGGGUUUUCUUCAUAAGUGGUGAUGUUCAUUUUGGAGAGAUAGCACGGUAUGACUGUGGCUGUCAAUAUCCGCUGUAUGAGAUAACUUCAAGUGGACUAACACAAGCUGUGGAGAAGGCCGUCCUGCCGCCAUUUGCUUUCCUAGUGAGAGUUGGAGCAUGGCUGACACCCACUACUAUGAGAGUUUUUGACCAGAAAUGCCGACACAGAUCGUGCACAAUUGGCCAGCCAAAUUUUGGGGCAAUUGAAAUUGACUGGGAUGCUGCUCCAGUAACUCUGAAACUUGAAGUGAAGGACAUGGAUGGUGUACCUGUUACUAGUGUAAAUAUUUUGCUCUCAGAUUUGCAAACCAGGAACGUACAGAAACCUACCAUGAAGGCCGGAGAAUUGCUACACCACUGUUCUCUUGAGAUUGAUCUACCAUGGAUUGUCAGGCACCGUCUAGCUAUCCUAUUUUGUGGAGCGUUAUCAGACCCUUCUCCAGGAGUUAUGUUGGAUGCCUAGUCAGAAAACUGAUUUACUCCACUCAGUAAUCCAGGUUUGGUUAUUGCAUGUUUGCUACUCAUAUACAUAGUGUCAAUCAGUGGACGGUGCCUUCGCAAAUUCAAGCUUGACUGACAAAACUGAAACAGCUUGACUUUGGAGGUAGAAAUGGAUUUUCAUCACACAGGAUGGCUCCUAAUUUGUGGCUAUGAGUAAGUACAGGUAUACGUGAGUCAUAUCUUUGAGGUAUUAUGGUUACACGGCCCAGAUCUUUACUAAUUUCGGGUAGCAUUUACCUUGCAGCACCUUGUCUUUUUAAAUGGCAAUGAUCUUUCCCAUAGAGAGAUCAGGUGCAUUGGGUAACUUGGGACAGCUUGUGAUUAUAGAAUUUGGGGUUGCUGAAUCA